AUGGGAUCCAAUCUUCCAGCUCAGCCAAAUCUAAGGCUUACAAUCAUUGCCGCUGACGGUCUAUACAAGCGCGAUGUUUUCCGAUUCCCUGAUCCUUUCGCUGUUGCCACCAUUGGCGGCGAGCAGACGCAGACGACUACAGUUAUCAAGAAGACCUUGAAUCCCUACUGGAACGAAACCUUUGAUUUAAGAGUCAAUGAGGACAGCAUCCUUGCGAUUCAAAUCUUUGAUCAGAAAAAGUUCAAGAAGAAGGACCAGGGCUUUUUGGGAGUCAUCAAUGUGCGCGUCGGCGAUGUGAUUGAUCUUCAAAUGGGCGGUGAUGAAAUGCUCACUCGGGAUCUCAAAAAGUCGAAUGAUAACUUGGUAGUACAUGGAAAGUUGAUCAUCAAUCUCUCAACCAAUCUAUCUGCACCCGCCCCGAACCAGAACGGAGCAAAUAGGCCACAACAGUCGUCGGCAAACCUGUCAGGACUCGUCCCGCAGGUUCAGACACCAGCUACUACACAAGGACAAUCGUUUGUCGACGGAGCAACCCCGGCGUCUAUCGCAGCAAGUUCAACAAACUCAUUCACCCCAACCCGAGCUUCGUCCAAUGCCCGACCAACGAGCGGCUUGUCAGCUCCAACUGAACCUCAGCCUAAUGGUCAAGCAACACAAGGAUCGAGAACGAAUUUGAGCUCUUUUGAAGACAAUCUGGGUCGGCUUCCAGCAGGAUGGGAGCGUCGUGAAGAUAACUUGGGAAGAACGUACUAUGUCGAUCACAACACGCGAACAACAACAUGGACUCGACCCUCGGCAAAUUACAAUGAAAGCGCACAGCGGUCACAACGAGAAGCCAAUAUGCAGAUGGAGCGUCGUGCCCAUCAAAGUCGAAUGCUUCCUGAAGAUCGUACAGGAGCCAGUUCACCCAACCUACAAGAAGCUCAGCAGACGUCCACUCCCCCUCCAGGCGCUAGCACUGCGCCCAACGCGGCCAAUGCUGCCUCAAUGAUGGCUACUGGUGCUACAACCGCUGGCACUGGUGAGCUUCCAGCUGGCUGGGAGCAGAGAACCACACCGGAAGGAAGGCCAUACUUUGUCGAUCACAAUACACGCACCACCACUUGGGUUGACCCACGCCGACAACAAUAUAUUCGCAUGUACGGACAGAAUGCCACUGGAGGCAAUACCACUUUCCAACAGCAACCAGUUUCGCAAUUGGGACCUUUGCCCAGCGGAUGGGAAAUGAGAUUGACCAACACCGCACGUGUGUACUUCGUCGACCACAAUACAAAGACCACCACAUGGGACGAUCCACGACUACCUUCAUCUCUUGACCAGGGUGUGCCGCAAUACAAGCGUGACUUCCGUCGCAAGCUAAUCUACUUCCGAUCCCAACCAGCAUUAAGAAUUAUGUCCGGUCAAUGUCAUAUCAAGGUUCGCCGUAGUAAUAUAUUCGAGGAUUCAUAUGCCGAGAUUAUGCGGCAGAGUGCCUCAGAUUUGAAGAAACGACUUAUGAUCAAAUUCGACGGCGAAGAUGGUUUAGAUUAUGGUGGACUUUCUCGCGAGUACUUUUUCCUUCUUUCUCAUGAAAUGUUCAACCCCUUCUAUUGUCUUUUUGAAUACUCGGCACACGAUAAUUACACCCUUCAAAUCAACCCUCACUCCGGCAUCAACCCCGAACAUCUGAACUACUUCAAGUUCAUUGGCCGAGUUGUCGGUUUGGCGAUUUUCCAUCGACGAUUCUUGGAUUCUUUCUUUAUUGGCGCAUUCUAUAAGAUGAUGCUUAGAAAGAAGGUCACACUCCAAGACAUGGAGGGAGUUGACGAAGAUUUCCAUCGAAAUCUGACAUGGACACUUGAAAACGAUAUAGAAGGCAUUGUUGAACUUACGUUUUCGAUUGACGAUGAAAAGUUUGGCGAACGAGACACAAUUGAUUUGAUACCCGACGGAAGAAACAUUCCCGUCACUAAUGAGAAUAAGCAUAAAUAUGUCGAACUUGUUACGGAAUGGAAGAUUCAAAAACGUGUAGAGCAACAAUUCAACGCAUUCCUUUCAGGCUUCAACGAGCUCAUCCCUCAGGACCUUGUCAACGUCUUUGACGAGCGUGAACUUGAGUUGUUGAUUGGCGGUAUUGCCGACAUUGACGUGGACGACUGGAAGAAACACACCGAUUACCGUGGAUACCAGGAAUCCGACGAGGUCAUCCAAAACUUCUGGAAGAUCAUUCGAAGCUGGGACGCGGAACAGAAAUCGCGAUUACUCCAAUUCGCAACCGGUACUUCUCGUAUUCCGGUCAAUGGAUUUAAGGAUUUGCAAGGAUCUGACGGACCGAGACGGUUUACCAUUGAGAAGUCUGGUGAUCCUAACGCUUUGCCAAAGUCACACACCUGCUUCAACCGUCUUGAUCUACCCCCUUACAAAUCGCACGAAGCUCUUCAGCAGAAAUUGUCCAUAGCUGUUGAGGAAACUCUAGGUUUCGGACAAGAGUAA